UAUGAGGAGUGAGACAAGGAAAACUAGAAAAGUCAAAUACAAAGACGGACCACCGUAUCCCCCAUACACCCCUCCACACUCUGCUCCUCUCUCUAUAAUUCGCCGGCUGAAACUUUCUUGUUUGUAACCGAGCGAAUCAACCAACCCCUAACUCUUGUCUCGGACCUUUUUUUUUUCCCCUCUGACUCUUCUCCCACAAAAACACGUACUUAAUCAUUUUCUCUUUCCUAUUUAUUUUCGUUGUCUUUUUUUUUUUUUCUUCUUUGAUUUCGAUUUUUUGUUCUUCCUAAAUUCAAACUUCUUCGGUGGAUCUCGAAGCCAGGCCACUGCCCCAAUCUCAGAGAGAUCUCUGUCGCUUCGUCUCAGCUGCAUUUCUUCGCAGUGUGUUGUCGAACUAGGCUGCGUUUGGACGGCGAGAAAAUGUUGGAAAAAGGGAGGAAAUUUCGAAUCUUGGAUUUCUUCUUUUUUAUAUUUUUAUUACUGUUACUACUAUUAUUAUUAUUAUUGGUUGGUAUGUUUAGCUGAGCUUUGAUUGGAUAUCGUAUUGCGGGAAUCGAAAUUUAAUUUUUGUUUUCUUGUCGUUGGUGUUUUCGGAGAGGAAAUGAUGGUUGUAUUGAUUGGUGUAGGAAAGUUUAGACUUUGGAUUUAUGAAAGUCUGGAAAUGGAUAUGUGAGUGGGAUUUGAUCAUAGCGUCAUUUGAGUUUUGUUGCUGAAAUGGGAUUAUAAUCGGCAGGUUGGCUGUGCUGGAAAAUGGAGGAGCAGACAGAAAAUUGAAUUAGGAAUCUUCAUCCUUUACGUUGCUUUGCUAUGAAAAUGAUGAAAACCUUGCCUCGAUGAAGCCAAAAACAAGUUGUUAUCUAGGGGUCCCGAAUAAUAAGAGUCUAAGGUUCAAAUUUUCAAAAUUCUCUCGUUGGCUUGUGUUCUCUAAACGAAAUGGACCAUAAUUGAUUAUUCUACCCAUUUUUAAAUAUUUAUGUUUUAUGGUGGUUGUGGUUUGACUUAUGCAUUGUCUUUAAUAUCUUGAUGUUUUACAAAAUUCAGUUCAUAUUUGAAGGUUUAUCACCCAUGCCUCUGUAUUGGUCAAUAUAUAUAAGAUGGACUUGUAGGCUAAUGAGUGAUACAUAAUCAAUAUGUAGCAUUGAGAAAAUGGUACUUUCUGUACCCUAAUUUGUUCGUGACAUAUUAUCUUGAUCCAAUUUUCCCUAAGAGUUAAGAGGAAAAAGAAAUGUAUGAUAGGGCUUUGGGAAACUGGGAAUCACAUUUUUGAAAUUCUAUUCUCUCUUCUGAAGGUUUAGAAACAAUGUAAGUAGGUUAUCAUGAAGCAUGUUAGCUCUCUCUCCUUUGCAUAUUCCUGAACUAAAAAAUGGAAAUUAGGAGUUACAAGUAUAAUUUUAAUAAAUUCUUAAAUUUUCAAAUGUAUUGUAGGUAAUGUACCAAGUUUAUACGCUUUCUCAUCCUGUGAAUGAAAAGCAAGAUUUUUGAAGCUUUAUAUUCAUGUACAUGUCUGUACAUCUAUAGGCAUAUGUGUUAUUUAUGUAUACGGCACCCUGUUAAUUUAUUCGUUUUUGUCUAACAAGUUUCAGAUUCUUUUGCAUAUUGGGGGUAGAACUUGGCGGUUGGUAAAUAGUAUGCUUUUCUUUUUAAGACUUCAGUGGUCCAGGAAUCUGAAGAACUAGAAAGAUGUUUUGAGAUAUUAUUUUGAUGCCUUCAAUCUAAAUGAAGACAGCUCGUGCAUGGCAGCUAGGCAUAAAAGAUAUGCUGAUAAUGUCUGGGUCACGCCAGCGCCCACAUUUAAAGAGGCCAAUAUGGAUAAUUGUGUUGGUUUCAUUGGUGAGCAUUUGUCUGAUUGGAGCCUAUAUUUACCCACCUAGAAGCUCGGCAGCCUGCUAUAUCUUUUCUUCCAGGGAUUGUUCCAUCUACGAGCAGCCUAUCCAUGUUCCUUCCAGAGAAUUGACCGAUGAUGAGACUGCAGCUCAGGUUGUAAUUAGGGAAAUUUUGAAGACCCCUCCUGUUCACUCAAAGAACCCAAAAAUUGCUUUCAUGUUUUUGACCCCAGGAUCAUUACCCUUCGAAAAGCUGUGGGAUAGGUUCUUUCAUGGCCACGAGGACAGAUUCACUGUCUAUGUACAUGCAUCCAGUGAAAAGCCAGCACAUGUGAGUCGUUAUUUUAUUGGGCGAGAUAUUCGCAGUGAGAAGGUGAUUUGGGGCAAAAUUUCCAUGGUUGAUGCAGAGAAGAGACUUUUAGGACAUGCUCUAGAAGACCCCAACAACCAGCACUUUGUCCUGCUAUCUGAUAGUUGUGUCCCCCUGCAUAACUUUGAUUAUGUGUAUAACUAUCUGAUGUUUACAAACAUCAGUUAUAUUGACUGUUUUGAAGAUCCUGGUCCACAUGGAAAUGGCAGGUAUUCAGAUCAUAUGAUGCCUGAAGUUGAAGUUAAGGACUUCAGGAAGGGUGCACAGUGGUUCUCCAUGAAGCGGCAGCAUGCUAUAAUAGUUAUGGCAGACAGUCUCUACUACACUAAAUUCAAGCUUUACUGCAGGCCAGGUAUGGAUGGGCGGAAUUGCUAUGCAGAUGAACAUUACUUGCCAACCCUUUUCAAUAUGAUCGAUCCUACUGGAAUUGCAAACUGGUCUGUGACACAUGUAGAUUGGUCAGAAGGAAAGUGGCAUCCAAAAGCAUACAGGGGUCAAGACGUCAGUUACGAGCUCCUUAGGAAUAUUACAGCUAUUGAUAUGAGCUAUCAUGUCACAAGCAAUGAAAAGAAAAAAAUGAUGAUUCAACCUUGUUUAUGGAACGGAGUGAAGCGGCCUUGUUAUUUGUUCGCAAGGAAAUUUUACCCAGAAGCUCAGGAUAACUUGCUGCAUCUCUUUUCCAAUUAUACAACAGUUUAAGCAUUGCCCUCUCAUUAUUAUUCUUUUGGUCGGAUCAACCUCGUUCGACUGCAAGCCCUCUCACCUCAUUUCUUGGUAUAUAGCAGUUAGAAUGUUGUAAAGUAGCAGAUUACAGAUUCCAGUAUGCCGCCGGGCAAAAAUGUUUUUGGCAGUGGAAGAGUGAUCAGCUGAGCAAUUAGGGUUUUGCUUGAAUAGGGGACUUGGAGGAUGCUGCCAGCUUUGUUUCCUACUGCUGCUUCCUCCUCUUUGGGUGACUGUUUUUGGCAGUUUGUCCACUUUUAUUAAUUUUUUUUUUACCCCUACAUUUUGGUCUAUUUAUCUUAUUCAAUGUCAAAUGACUUGAAUCUUAUUUUACACAAAAUAAAAAAUAAAAAAUAAAAAAUAAAAACUAAUGUCAUAUGAA